CACGGAUGGGUGGUUCUUUCUGAGAGGCGUUGCCAUACAGCGACUGCACCAGGAACAUAUACCCGCAGCCACUUACUCUGUUUCAUACGUUGCGCACCGUGUUGCCAUUUCUAGCACUGCUUACUUCGCCCUGUGAGAUAUCUUGUGAAACACUGUCUACGCCAUGGCCGACUACAUUCACGUCCCAGACGAGGCUCCCGCUGUGCCCAAAAUAGAUGUGACGGUCGAUGAGAACGACUACCGACUCGGUGCAUUGCGGCUAAUGAAGGAGCUCAGACCGAGCUGGAAGCCGUCCGAAAUUAAAAUGAAGUUUUUCACCGAUGGAAUAACCAACAAGCUGCUUGGCUGCUAUGUGGGCGCAGUCAUGCUGGAUGUGGUCCUGGUCCGCAUUUAUGGCAACAAAACGGAGCUGCUGGUCGACCGGGAGAACGAGAUUAAAAGUUUCAGAGUGCUGCAUGCGCACCGCUGUGCCCCCCGCCUUUACUGCACAUUCAACAAUGGCCUCUGCUACGAAUUUCUGCAAGGAACCGCCUUGGAACCGGAGCACAUCCGUAGCCAAGCUGUUUUCAGGCUUAUUGCGAGACAGCUGGCCAAGUACCAUGCCAUCCACGCCCACAAUGGCUGGGUUCCCCGCUCUGACCUGUGGCUGAAGAUGGGCAAGUACUUUGCGCUCAUUUCCAAGUGCUUCAAGGAUCAUGACUGGUUGAACAUGGAGGUCCCCGGCCCUCAGUCCCUUCGCAAAGAGCUGCUGUGGCUGCAGCAGAGCUUGUCUGUGCUGGGCUCUCCUGUAGUUCUUUGCCACAACGAUCUGCUUUGCAAAAACAUCAUUUAUAACCAGAAGGAAGGCAGUGUAAAGUUCAUUGACUACGAGUAUGCAGGGUACAAUUACCAAGCCUAUGAUAUUGGGAAUCAUUUCAAUGAGUUUGCUGGCCUGAAUGAAGUGGACUAUAGUCAGUACCCGGGGCGGGCCUUUCAGCUACAGUGGCUGCGCUCAUACCUGGAGGCCUACAAGGAGCACAAGGGCCAGGAUGGUGAGGUCACUGACACAGAGGUGGAGAUCCUGUACGUUCAAGUCAACAAGUUUGCCUUGGCGUCUCAUUUCUUCUGGGGACUCUGGGCUCUGAUUCAAUCCAAGUUCUCCACCAUCGACUUUGACUUCCUUGGAUAUGCAAAGCUGCGCUUCAACCAGUACUUCAAGAAGAAACCAGAGACAUCUGCUCUGACAUUACCUGAAUAAAACGUAGUAAUCUCCCUUU